AUGGCUUCCACGGAGCCGAUUGCCAUCAUUGGCACUGGCUGUCGGUUUCCGGGAGGAGCUUCAUCUCCAUCUAAACUAUGGGAACUUCUUCAGGAGCCUCGAGAUCUUGCCUCCAAGCCGCCAGCUAGCCGAUUUAACGCGGAAGCUUUCUAUCAGGGCGGAAAGCCACGACCUGGCACGAUCAAUGCCCCCGAGGCUUAUUUCCUCGAGGAGGAUGUGCAAGCAUUCGAUACGUCGUUUUUCAACAUAUCCCCUCCAGAAGCCGCAUCAAUGGAUCCCCAACAGCGUUUCUUGCUGGAGGUAGUUUACGAAGCCCUUGAAAGGGCUGGGCUACCUAUCGAGCGACUCCAGGGAUCGCCCACUGGCGUCUUUGCUGGGUCUAUGAACUUGGACUAUUACAAACUGCUGUGCUCCGACGUUAACGCCCUGCCGCCAUUCAUGCUCACUGGGACUACUCCCUCGAUGCUUGCCACACGAGUGUCUUAUUUCUUUGACUUUCAUGGCCCCUCCUUAGUGACGGACACAGCAUGUUCGUCCAGCUUAACGGCUUUGCACUUGGCCGUAGAGUCCUUGCACAAGGGUGACUGUUCGCUGGCUAUUGCGACCGGUAGUUGUCUGAUUGUCUCUCCCGAUGAUGCCAUUGUCUCAUCUUCUGUUUCGAUGCUGUCGCCGAGCGGCAGAAGCCACAUGUGGGAUGACAGGGCAGAUGGGUAUGCCAGAGGUGAAGGGGUGGCUGCGGUAGUGCUUAAGCCCCUCUCCCAAGCACUGAAGGAUGGUGAUGCCAUCGAGUCGGUCAUCCGUGCAACUGGCAUCGGAUGUGAUGGUCGUACGAACUCAUUGACCAUGCCCAACGGGGAGGCGCAACGAAGCCUCAUUCGAUCUACCUAUGCUCGCGCUGGCUUGAAUCCUCUACUUGCGAAAGACCGUUGCCAGUACUUCGAGGCUCAUGGAACAGGCACUCCAGCGGGAGAUCCUCAAGAAGCCUCUGGUAUUGCUGGAGCGUUCUUCGAUGAACAAACCGCCCCAGAAGACAUUAUGUUCGCCGGAUCGAUCAAAUCUGUGGUCGGCCACACGGAGGGCGCCGCCGGGAUAGCGGGCGUCAUCAAAGCAUCGUUGGCGUUGAAGCACGCAACAAUACCCCCGAACCUUCUGCACAGCAAGCCAAGUCCUCGAGUUGCUCCAUAUCUUAAUCAUCUUCGCGUCCCGCUUAAAGCUCAGCCUUGGCCUGUUGUGGCCCCCGGUUCUCCGCGUCGGGCAUCGGUCAAUUCGUUUGGGCUGGGGGGUGCCAAUGCCCAUGCAAUUCUCGAAAGUCUCGAUUCAGACUCCAACAGCGUAGGUACGGUUGAUGACGCUAGACCUAUCACCUUGCCUUUCGUAUUCUCUGCUUCAUCUGUCUCCUGUCUUCGGACGAUGCUGCAACAAUACAUGGAUUAUCUCGAUCAACACCCCGACGUCAACUUGGUAAAUCUAGCGGCUUCACUUAUCAACCGGCGAUCCGUCCUGGCUCAUCGUGUGGUAUUUACCGCCGAAUCAGUUCCUGAUCUAAAGAGUAAACUCAAAGCUGCACUGAAAGAGCAUGCCUCAACUGGGCAAUUACCUACAAUCACCUCACGUCGUCUGGCUCCUCGGCGGAGGAAGAUAUUGGGUGUAUUUACUGGACAAGGUGCCCAAUGGCCGCAAAUGGGGUUAGAUGUUAUCUGCAAGUGCUCCCAAGCGGCUAUCUGGUUUCACGAGCUACAGGAAUCACUCGAAGCGCUUCCUCCCGAGUAUCGGCCCAACUUCACCCUCCUGGAUGAGCUUUCAAAGCCCGAGACCACUUCCCGUCUCAGUACCGCUGAAAUCUCACUUCCUCUGCGAACCGCCCUCCAGAUAGUUCAGGUUAAUAUCUUAAAGUCUGUUGGGGUAGAGUUCACUGCAGUUGUUGGUCACUCAUCCGGCGAGAUUGCAGCAGCAUAUGCCGCAGGGUGGCUUACGGCAGUGGAUGCUAUCCGGGUUGCGUAUCUUCGCGGUUUAGCUGCCAAGAAUGCAGGGUCUCCCGGCCAGACAGGUCGCAUGUUAGCCGUGGGAAUAUCCUGGGAUCAGGCACAGGCCAUCUGCAGCGAGGCGCCAUACUCUGGUCGCGUGGUGGUGGCUGCUUCUAACUCGCCCUCCAGUGUAACCCUGUCCGGUGAUGAGGAGUUGAUCAGCGAGCUAGAAUGGUUGUUUGCCAGUCUGGACCAGUCUCCUCGACGCUUGAAAGUCGAUACUGCCUACCACUCUCAUCAUAUGGCCCCCUGUGCCGGGCCGUAUCUUGACGCCAUGCAAGCCUGCGACGUGGGCGGGUCUCAGGGCACGGUGAAAACAAAAUGGUUCUCAAGUGUAUAUGAUGGAAAGCCGAUGUCGACACUGGAAGCAAAGUACUGGAGCGAGAAUAUGCUCCGACCGGUGCAAUUCUCUCAAGCUCUUAGUGCUGCAUCAGCAGCCAUCCCUGACCUGGAUGCCAUCAUUGAGGUGGGACCACACCCUGCGCUGAAAGGCCCUUCCCUACAGACCCUGUCGUCGCUGGUCGCCGAGCACGCCGAACUGCCCUAUUUGUCACUCUCCCAUCGCAGUAUUAGUGGAGUCGAAUCCUUGGCCAAUGGUCUUGGUUCUAUGUGGGCAUAUCUAGGUGCCGAAGCUAUCGACUUUCAAUCCUUCAUCCGAAUACACUCCCCAAGCCGGACUCUCCAGUAUAUUUCCGAUCUCCCAUCCUAUUCUUUCGACCAUAGCAAGACCCACUGGGCGGUUCCCCAACUUUCAGCCGCUCGGAUACAUCGCAAACAACCGCGACAUUCUUUGCUUGGGGUCAUUUGCCCCGAGCGGGGAGAGGGUGAAUGGCGCUGGCGAAACUACAUGCGAUUGGAGGACCUUGAAUGGCUACAUGGUCAUCGUAUCCAAUCGCAGAUUGUGCUGCCUGCGACUAGCUUUCUGAUCAUGGCUCUGGAGGCUGCUCAUGUCAUGGCCGAAGACCGGUCGAUCAUGCUAGUAGACGUCCACGACCUAGUCAUCCAGCAUGCCAUUUCCAUCCCAGAUGACAGUGUCGGAAUCGAAACACUUUUCAUUGUGAGCGAAAUCAAGUUCGAGUCAGACAGGUCUAUGGCGACAUUUUCGUGUCAGAAAGUCUCUAAUGGUACCUUCACAUGUUGUGCAUCUGGCCGUUUGGAAGUGACAUUUGGGGAACCGGAAUCUAUGCUUCUCUCGCCACAUGACCCAGUCACUUCUGGGCUACGAGCAGUCAAUUCCGAACAUUUCUAUGCUGAGCUAGAUAAGCUUGGAUAUGGAUAUUCGGACCUCUUCCGUAGCCUCCAGAAUAUCUCUCGGCGGCGUGGUGUUGCCCAUGGAUCCAUCCCUGCGCCCCCGGCUACACAAGACUCUGAUCUGCUGAUGCACCCAGCCGCGCUCGAUACGGGCCUGCAAGCCUUUAUGGCAGCUAUUGCUCAUCCUGGUGACACACAGCUGUCAACACUCUACCUUCCGGUCCGGCUCAACCGCACUACGUUUAAUCCAGCCGUCGUACGCCGCUCCGCCCAAGGCAAUAUAGAUGUCGAAGCGACCGUAUCACAGACCAUGAAAAAUGGCCUCAGUGGAGAUAUCGAGCUGUUUGACAGCGAGGGCCGAGGUAUGGUCCAGAUAGAGGGUCUGCAGAUCCAGCCUCUGACUCAACUGUCUCUCGAUGACUGGCCUAUGUUUGCACAAGAGGCAUGGGGCCCUCUUAACCCCACUGCGUCAUUGAGCACUGCACUGGGCACGCAGGAUCUUCACAGCGAUCGCCAUCUUGCAGAUAGACUGAGCCUUUUAUAUCUCCGCGAUGCCGCACUACAGCUCACUCCCGCUGAGCGCAGGAAUCUUGACUGGCACCGCGCCCAAUACGUGGCCUGGAUGGAUAACGCGCUGAACAGGGUCCGAGAAGGAACGCAUCCUGACUACUCACCAAAAGAUUUGGAAGGCGACCUGAGUUCAACGCUUUCAUCUGAGCUGGGCUCUGCUGGUAUCGCAGUCCGCGCUGUCGAUAUAGUAGGCAAAAGCCUGAUGGGCUGGUUGCGUGGUGAAGCCGAUAUUAUGGAAGAGCUGCGACGUGAUAGCUUCCUCACACGGUUCUAUAAAGAGGUUCACGAUUUACAGGUUUUGACUCGUAACCUCGCAGGCCUGGUUGAACAACUGGCGUUUCGCCAUCCACGCAUGAAGAUUCUCGAGGUCGGCGCCGGGACGGGGUCAGCCACACGACAGGUAUUGAAGCGCAUCAAGCGCGCCUACCACUCGUAUACCUUCACCGAUAUCUCAGCUGCCUUCUUCCAAGACGCUGAGGAAGCCUUUGCAGCGCACCAAGACCGAUUUGAGUACAAGGUUAUGGACCUCGAGCGUGAUCCAACAGAGCAAGGCUUCGCGGAGCAUCAGUAUGACUUGGUCAUAGCAUGUAAUGUGCUGCAUGCCACUCGAUCUCUGGGGCAGACUAUGACUAAUGUCCGGCGCACGCUCAAACCAGGGGGUCGAGUUGUAAUCCUUGAAACAACCAACCCUGACAUGAUUGCCUAUCACUUCAUAUUCGGGGGAUUCCAGGGCUGGUGGUUGGGGGAGCUCGAUGAUCGCUCCUGCGGGCCUAUGUUAUCUUGCGAACGCUGGGACGAUCUCUUGAAGGCUACAGGAUUUGCGGGAAUUGAGACAAUAUCCCCCUUCGAGGAAGGUCAGCUGUUUGGACAGUCGGUCUUCACUGCGCGCGCGGUGGACGACCAAAUCCAGCAGAUAGAAGCCCCCCUCGCGGUCCAGGCCCGAGGUCAGCACCGAGAUCUUAUCCUCUUGGGAGGUGCCACCGCUGCGACGGACAAGCUUGUUACUGCUGUACGGCAUACGCUCAGCCCGUUCUUCGCUCGCAUUACUCAGGCAUCCAGUAUUGAGACUUCCAUGCUGCCGACCAACGCAUCUCUGGCCGUCGUGCUGGUUUUGUCGGAUUUGGACGCGCCCUGCUUGCAGGGAAUAAGCGUUGAUCGUUUACGCCGCUUACAGGCAGUACUUGAAGUGACAGGAAAGCUACUAUGGGUGUCCAUGGGGAAUGUCAAUGAAGAGCCUUAUCUCCGCAUGAGCAAAGGCUUGCUGCGCACCCUAUCGCUCGAAAAGCCCCACGCACAGAUUCAGUAUCUCAACGUCCGCGAUCCGACUGACUUAUCACCUGACCUUCUCGCGACUACCCUCAUGCGGUUAGUUCAUACCAACAUGGAGAGUGAUUUCAGUCUGGCGCAAGCGACAGAGAACCCCGAAUGGGAGCUUCUCUUGGAGGAUGGCAUCAUGAAGAUUCCGCGCAUGCGAGCCAGCCGCGCUAUGAACCAGCGGUGGACAAGCAGUCGAGGCUUCACGAGCCGCGACACCGUUACUCCGCAAGAGACUAGUGUGGGAGUUCAUUCGUUGGAGAGCAAGGAUGAGACAGGCCUGAGCUUCGAGCUUCGCACUAAAGACAAACCAUUCUGUGCGGACAAGAGCGACGUGGCUAGGCAGCAUUGGACACCCAUUCGAGUGCAUCAUGCCUCUCUUGCAGCUGUUCCGAUGGGCGAUGGAUAUCUACAUCUGGUGAGCGGACACAAUGAGCAAACCAGAGCACAAAUUGUGGCUGCCACAAUCAACAAUGCCUCCUUUACCUCGACACCCCCUUCCUGGUGCAUUGACGUACCGCCUGGCCUUCCUGAAGGGAGCGAGGCAGCCUUUGUAGGGGAUAUGUGCUCUGCUCUCGUUGCCCAACAUAUUUUGGACUCCGUAUCACCUGGCUCUCAUGUUCUUAUCCACGAAUGUCCAAAGGAUGUGAAGGAUUGUCUAUCCUAUUUUGCAUCCACGAUGGACAUUAAACUUCACUUCAGCACUACCCGCCGGACCCUUGCAGGGGGCUCGGACAUGCUCAUUUUUCCUCCUCAGAGCUCGUCGCGCGCUAUUGCGCGUCUCCUGCCCAGAGGAGUAUCUGCCCUUGCCACAUUUGCGUUCGAGAAGGAGGACGUGGUUGCUCGAAUCCGGGCUGCCCUACCCCCACAGUUGCCUUAUCUCGGGAGAGAUUCCUUUUAUCGUGCAUCUUCAUUUCUAGAAGCACCAAAUAGUCCAGAUCAACACAGACUCAAGGAAGCUUAUGAGUAUGCGGAGCGACGUAUGACAUGCUCAUCAGCUCAUGAAACAUUGUCACCGGACAAGCUUACGGACUGUGUUUCCCCUGGUGACGGUCUGCAGAUUGUCGACUGGCAGCGAUCACCCGCAUUGCCAGUCUCCACUGCCUCGGCCACUUCGCUGGUGAACUUGAGUGCAGACAAAACCUAUCUCCUGGUGGGUCUGACUGGAGACCUGGGUCUAUCUGUCUGCCACUGGAUGAUUACCCGGGGUGCUCGCUCGCUUGUCCUUACUAGUCGGAAUCCCAGAGUUGACCCUGCGUGGUUAGCAGAGAUGAAGUCAUUGGGAGCCUCUGUGACAGUGUUGAAUAUGGAUGUGACCGACCUGACUUCCGUCUGCGAAGUACACGCUUACAUGAGGCUGAAUCUGCCCGCUGUAGGUGGAGUCGUGAACGGAGCUAUGGUCUUGAGAGACGCUCCUUUUCAGGACCUAUCUUUGGCCGAUGUCUUACGCGUGUUUGCACCGAAGAUUGAAGGAAGCCGAAAUCUCGAGAGUAUGUACGAUGAUAAUAAUCUCGACUUCUUCAUCCUCAUGGGCUCCGUCGCUGGAGUUGGGGGCAAUUACAACCAGGCAGCCUACGCAGCUGCAACCGAGUUCAUGGCCGGCCUCAUUCAUCAACGCCGCCGUCGCGGAGCUGUCGGGAGUAUCAUCCACCCGGGACAGGUGCGCGGGGUGGGGUACAUUGCAGGCCUCGAUGCAGGAAUGCAGAGCGUAUUGGCCGAUACUAUCGGACCCCUGGAACUGUCCGAGGGCGACCUGCUGGAACUGUUCGCAGAGGCGAUCUUAGCAGGACGACCCGACUCGGGACGUGACCCCGAGAUCAUGGCUGGUUAUCGCCUGGCGGACCCAGCAGAGCAUCCCAACGUGCUUUGGUAUCGCAAUCCUAAGUAUUGGCCUUUUAUCCACCAUUUCCGCCAGUCAGCUGUUACUGAGCAAGGCUCCCGCGAAGAAGAAGUGCCUAUCAAAACUCAACUUCUCACGGUAGAUAACUCAACGUCCGCGGCGGAGGUGGUUGCGAAUGGCUUCCGGACCAAACUCCGGCGCAAGCUGCAUCUGCCUGGUGACUCGGGUCUCCCAGGGAGCAUGAUGCUGACGGAGGUGGGCGUCGACUCGCUCACAGCAGUCGAUCUGCGGACUUGGUUUGUGAAGGAACUUGGGGUGGAUGUUCCAGUGUUGCAGUUGCUGGGUGGUUCGUCGAUUGACGCGUUGGCAUCGGAGGCCGCGGGGAAGCUGGAUCCAAUGCUCGUACCUCAGUUGAAGCCGAUGGAAGUACCUAAUUAG